AUGCCUGGCCUUUAUCGCCCACGCGUGAAAGACCUGGCAUGGGCAGUAACCGUUGGUGGGUCUGUGACCCUGAGACUGGUCUGUGCAGUGCAGCUCAGCACCUUCCAUGCGUCGGUUCGAGGAACCACGCUUGCAGCAAGCUGCUGGGUCUCGGCCCUGAGCUCGUUGCUCUCCUUCCUUUGUCUAUUCUCGUUUCUGCCAAGAAGUGUGAAUCUGCGGAAUGAAGAGAUUUCUGAGCUUGCAACGAUUACUGGGGCACUCGCGCUGCCCGCCUUCCUUGUCAUAGCUGCCGUGGAUUUGUUGGGCUUGAGCUUUGCACAGCUGAUUUUGUUGCUAGUUGCUGUGCUGAGCGCAGUGCUCACAGCUGACUCUGGCAAGGUGCGUGCACAGGGCUGGAAGUUCUUGGUCCUGGCUGUUGGCGCUGGACUGCUGGGGAUUGCAGGUGGCUGGGGUCCAUCCAUGGACGAGGACCUCUCUAAGUAUUGCGGCCCCCUGGUGGCUCUGCUGGUUGCUGGCGCAUCUGCCGUUGUACAGGGCAGGUUUCUAGUGGCUGACCGAGCGGUGCCAUACAAGACCGAAAGCUCAUAUGAGCUCAUGUGCCUUUUCGUGGCUGCGGCAGCCCACGUGCCGUUUGUGCUGGUGUUCCUCCUCUCUGGUGACUCCUUCCGGAUGCCAAGGUUGGCGGACGCGCAUCAGUGGGCAUUCAUGGCAAUGCAAGGUGUGUUCUACGUACGAAGCCUCCGGCCGCUCACAGCGACUUUGGGCACUGCCUUCACUUUCAGUUUGGUAUUGCUGGGACAGCUACUCGCAACCUUGAUGAUGGACACGCUGAUCCAGGAUGGAAUCCUUCCUCGGCUCCUUUGCCUCUCCAUGGUUCUCUUUGGACUCUUCAUGAGCCAGGCCACGGAGACGCUCAACGAGCCUGCGCUCCACGCCAUGCGCGACACGCUGAACAUCGUCGAGCUCUCUCCAGUUGGCAACGCCAACGAUGCCAACCAGAAAGUCUAG